GAGGGGCCGGGCGGGGGGCUGGCGGCAGCGGCGGAUGGACUCGCGGGUAUCGGAGCUGUUCGGCGGCUGCUGCCGGCCCGGAGGAGGCCCGGCCGUGGGCGGAACCCUUAAGGCAAGGGGGGCCGGCGGCAGCAGCGGCUGCGGGGGCCCGAAGGGGAAAAAGAAGAACGGAAGGAACAGAGGAGGCAAAGCCAACAACCCUCCGUACCUGCCCCCCGAGGCUGAAGAUGGAAACAUCGAAUAUAAACUGAAGCUGGUGAAUCCAUCCCAGUACCGCUUUGAGCACCUGGUGACACAGAUGAAGUGGCGGCUCCAGGAGGGCCGCGGUGAGGCUGUCUACCAGAUUGGGGUAGAGGACAAUGGGCUGCUGGUGGGGCUGGCCGAGGAGGAGAUGCGGGCAUCCCUCAAGACCCUACACCGGAUGGCAGAGAAGGUCGGGGCAGACAUCACUGUUCUCCGGGAGCGAGAAGUGGAUUAUGACAGCGACAUGCCCCGGAAGAUUACCGAGGUGCUGGUACGAAAGGUCCCUGACAACCAACAGUUCCUAGACCUCCGUGUGGCCGUCCUGGGCAAUGUGGACUCAGGGAAGUCGACUCUGCUUGGAGUCCUGACCCAGGGAGAGCUGGACAAUGGGCGGGGCCGGGCUCGACUCAACCUUUUCCGCCACCUGCAUGAGAUUCAGUCUGGCCGAACCUCCAGCAUCAGCUUCGAGAUCCUGGGCUUUAACAGCAAGGGAGAGGUGGUGAAUUACAGUGACUCACGGACGGCAGAAGAGAUCUGCGAAAGCAGCUCCAAGAUGAUCACCUUCAUCGACCUGGCAGGCCACCACAAGUACCUACACACCACCAUCUUUGGCCUCACCUCAUACUGCCCUGACUGCGCCCUGCUCCUCGUCAGUGCUAACACUGGGAUUGCUGGCACCACAAGGGAACAUCUGGGGCUAGCCCUGGCCCUGAAAGUGCCCUUCUUCAUCGUGGUCAGCAAGGUGGACCUGUGUGCCAAGACCACAGUGGAGAGGACGGUACGACAGCUAGAGCGGGUCCUCAAGCAACCUGGCUGCCACAAGGUCCCCAUGCUGGUCACCUCCGAGGAUGAUGCUGUCACGGCUGCCCAACAGUUUGCCCAGUCACCCAAUGUCACUCCUAUCUUCACACUGUCCAGCGUGUCUGGAGAGAGUCUGGACCUGCUCAAAGUCUUUCUGAAUAUCUUGCCACCACUUACCAACAGCAAGGAGCAGGAGGAACUCAUGCAGCAGCUGACAGAGUUUCAGGUGGAUGAAAUCUACACAGUACCAGAGGUGGGGACUGUUGUUGGAGGAACACUUUCCAGUGGGAUUUGCCGUGAGGGAGACCAGCUGGUAGUGGGCCCCACGGACGAUGGCUGCUUCCUGGAGCUGAGAGUAUGCAGCAUCCAACGCAACCGCUCUGCCUGUCGUGUGCUGCGAGCUGGUCAGGCUGCUACGUUGGCCCUCGGGGACUUUGACCGUGCACUUCUUCGCAAGGGCAUGGUGAUGGUGAGCCCCGAGAUGAAUCCCACCAUCUGCUCAGUGUUCGAGGCAGAGAUAGUUCUACUGUUCCAUGCCACCACGUUCCGGCGAGGCUUCCAGGUGACAGUACAUGUGGGCAACGUACGUCAGACAGCAGUGGUGGAAAAGAUCCAUGCCAAGGACAAGCUGCGGACAGGGGAGAAGGCAGUGGUACGUUUCCGCUUCCUGAAACACCCAGAGUACCUGAAGGUGGGCGCCAAGCUGCUGUUCCGGGAGGGUGUCACCAAGGGCAUCGGCCAUGUCACUGAUGUGCAAGCCAUUGCAGCAGGAGAGGCCCAGGCCAACAUGGGCUUCUGAACUCCUCCAGGCAGGCACAGCUCUACUGCCGUCCCCACAAUAUAUAAGGUGACUUUUGGCCAUGCUGCCCCCCCUGUUGGCGGCUCUGUGUGUUAAUAGGCUAGGGAGAGACCGGUGCUCUCUGCCCCUUGCUCCCUGCCACCUUUCUGGAGAGGUGCCAAGCUUGUUGUGGCCAGGGAGGGGCAGUCCUGAGGUUCUCAAGAAGACAGGAGAAUUCAGGGCAGUGCUCAGCAGCUUUGUGUCCACCUGGUUGGCUCAUCAACCCUGGGAACUCCACGGCCUGUCUACCAGAGGGAGCUGACCACCACCACCUUGGCCCCACUGUCUGGACUGGGCAUGAUCCGCCGGUGUGGUCCCUGCACUUCAGGAAUUGUCACAACAACUGGGGGUGGUCCUCGAAAGCACUCCUUUUUGUAUACCUCUUCUCAAGGCCAUGUAAGUUGCCCAUCUCUACUUGACUGUGGACAAAAGACAGCUGCUCCCGGGUCUGAAGCUGGCCCAGCUGGCCCAGCUGGCCCAGAGUCUGAAGAAAUGGCACAGGGGCAGUGCUCCCACCUUGUGCUGAGACAUGAGGUCUUGGCCCAGAGUCUGAAGAAAUGGCACAGGGGCAGUGCUCCCACCUUGUGCUGAGACAUGAGGUCUGUUCCUCAGCUUUGUCUCCCUUCCCUUCACUCAAGGGCCAUUCUCCAUUUUUCUGCUCAUAGGCCCCACAGGUGCUAUUUGUUGUGCUGGCCCAGGAGUGGGGCUGCCGAGCUGAGGCUUGGCAUACUGAAGGUCAGCUGCAUGUCAAUCAGUCUCGUCCCUUCCUCUGCAGUGAUUUGUUGGUUUUAAUGCUGGAUCAAACAGUGUUUUACUUUCCCAGACUAGUGACUGGGGACCUGACCCACAGCUCCCCAUCCUGCCAUCCUUUACCCCCUCCACCCUUCCUGCUCCCAUGUUAAAUCUUCCCUCUGUUGCAGGGAGCCUGGGGGAAAGGGAAAGAUGUUGCCAUAUUUCCUACACUUUAGGGCAUGGACUCCUUCCUUUCCCUUUGUUAAUGUCCUGGGUUCCCCGGACUCAGGGAUUUGUUGGUUCAGGUUUCUCUGCAUAUACAUAUAUAUAUAUAAAUAUAAAUAUAAAUAUAUACAUACAUAUAUAUAUUUAAAUACACACAUAUAUAUUGUACAGAAUAAAAAUGUUUUAUUGAAUACACUGUGCUUAUGCUUAAGAUACGGGCUCAGCUUCCAGAGCUAGAUUCCUCUUCAGGAUUAGAGACAAGUGAAACCCUAGCACCACUGAGCCCUGGAUGGAGAAAAGAGCCCAUCUGGUAUCAUUUACCAUUCUCCCUUUCCUGUCCCUCCCAUGCGAUCAGCGUUCCAGUAUUGUGACCUGGGUAUUCUGGCUUAUUUGCAUUGCUCUUGAGCAAGCAGAAUAGAAAGUGAAACCGCUGCCUUUUCAGCUGAGACAGGUAACCAGCCCGCACUUGAGGAGUUGGCCACUUGCUAUGGUCACAGUGAUGAGGAGCCCACUUCUGUGCCAUGUCAGAGAUGUGGAGAUGACGUGUGAGCCACUUAAUGAAGAGUGGAAUUUAAGAGUCACGUUAAUCUGGCCCUCACGCUGUCCCUAGCAAUGCAGAAAAGCUCGAAGUGAGGUUUACAUAGCCUAAAUUGGCUCCUUGGAACCACCUGGCCACACCUUAGUCGUUUCUUCGUGUUUCUGUGUUCAGAAUACCUGACGGUCAUGUUUUAUGGGACUGCGUUUUGAGCAGUGAUCCUUGCAAAAGAAAUUUAAUGAUAAAUGUGGCCCAAUGUCCAGCGAGGCAUUCUGUCUCCAGGGUAUUAAAGUAAAAGCUUCCUUAACUAUUCAAGCUCUGCUGCUUUUAAAAAUACCACUGGCUUGACUGGCUACUAUAAGUAGCCUGUGGUUGAAGAACUUCCUCCUGUGUCGGGGACUAAGAGCGGUUCGUUUCCGUCUGUACAGUUGCUGAUAAACGGCUAUGAGAAAAGCUUGUGUUCAGCAAAAAGGUACUAUAGCUUUCAACCAACACUGACCUUUGCAUGUCCGUCUGCUCGUACCUCCAUGGGCUUAUUGCCACUAUGCUGGGGCAGGGUUGGCAUUUCCAAGAAAAUAGGUGUGCUGCUUGUAUUGUUGUUACUGGUUACUCACUACUCCCGCCCAUCUUGGCCUCUUAUAAGUCCAGUGAAACUAAAGUUUCUACUCACAAUUUCUCUUUCCAAUCAAGCAAAGUGUUAAAAAUUUGUUUCACUUGAUCUGUACAGUACCCAAAGGAGAGUAUUGCUUCUUUAGGCUUUAAAAAACAAAACAAAACAAAACAAACUUUUCACUGGAUUAAGAAAGGAAAUUUUAGAAAAUGAUCUCAGUAUUUAAUGAGAUAUCUUCAGGAACCACUGAGCUAUACCUUGCUACAUGAAUGGAAUGUUUAGGAGGAUAAAAAGAUGUGUAACGCAGCCCCUCACCCCCAUCAGCUGUAUGUACAUUUUUACUGUUCCAGUUCUGGUAAUCAUCUAAAAUUGCUUACUUCAUAUGUUUCAUCCAAUGAAUAUCAAGUACCUAUUAUGUGCAAGAAUUCUUGCCUUCAGGAAACUAUAAAUCUAGCAGGGAAAGGGCCAUGGUACACAGCAUUCAACUACCUCAAAAGAGGAAGAUAGUUUUGAAGAGAGUUUCCUGCUAGACUCAGGGUUUUCAAAUGCUCCCCACUUUCUUCAAACUAAAUACAGACCCCUAAUUUAUAAACAAGCUUUAAAAGCAGUUGAUUUUUGUGUACACAUGAGAGAUGGGAUGUGUACACCAUUCUUCCGACCCACUUCCCCCAACACACCACCUAAUCCAGCUCAUCUUCGGUUGGGUUCUCUGUGUGACUCAAGGUUUCCUAUAUCAAAAAAGCUGACUUCCCACAUAUAAGAACAGAGAUUAAGAAUACAGUACUGUAAGGGCACCUGGGUGGCUCAGCUGGCUGAGCGUCUGACUCUUGAUUUCGACUCAGGUCAUGAUACCAGGGUCGUGGGAUUGAGUCCUGUGACAGGCUCCGUGCUGAGCAUAAAGCCUGCUUAAGAUACUCUCUCUCCCUCUAUCCCCCAACCUCUACCCUGCUCGCGCACUCUCUAAAACCAAGAAAAAGAAAAGAAAAUGGAACUAUCAGCAUGGACAAGUGCAGAAAGCUACGAUAAGCCCUAAGCUAAAUAUUCAAACAUCAAAAGGAAAGAGAUGAACAUGCCAGUGACCCUGAAAGCCAAGCACUACCUCACAUUUGUACUUUAGGGUUUAAGGAAAUGUCAUGGCCCUCUAAAAACCUGGCUUGCCAUUGGCAUCUUCUAGAUCAGUAGUCCUCAAACACCCUGGAGAAUCUUUAAUAUACAGAUUCUGGGUCAGUACAGGUGAAGGUGAGGCUGAGACAAUUUCUUAGAAGUUCCCUGAUAAUGCUGAUGCUCCUGCUCCUCAAAAUCACACUCAGACCAGCAAGAUAAUUUUUUUUUUAAGAUUUUAGUUUUAAGUAAUCUCUACACCCAGCAUGGGCUCAAACUCACAACCCUGAGAUCAGGAGUCACCAUCUGAGCCACCUAGGUGCCCUAACUAGCAAGAUCCCAGAGAGGAUCUAGUUCUGAUCGUGACUUACCCGAUCUAAACAGAGUUCCUGAACUAGUCCACGAAUACUCUCAGUCUCCAUUAGACCAAACACAAGAGAUAGAAGGACCAGUGGCUAAAAUUGUGG